AUGAAAAUAGCCACUUUACAAUUCGCCCCGAAACUGGGCGACGUCGAGGGUAAUAUCCGACGUGCCAAUGAACUACUCCAGCAUGGCAAACUGCUCGAAUCAAGGGGCCUCGCGACGGGGAUUGAUGUCUUGAAGCCAGAUAUCCUGGUAUUGCCCGAGUUAGCACUGACGGGGUAUAACUUCCCUUCAUUGGAGGCUAUCAAGCCGUAUCUGGAACCUACGGGAACGGGCCCGUCUGCCAACUGGGCACGAGACGUCGCUAAACGCUAUCAGUGUAAGGUGUGCGUGGGGUAUCCGGAACUCGAAACGGCGUCGACAAACUCAGAUGGCGCGAGCAGCGAGCAGGAGAAGUGUUAUAAUUCUCUGCUGUUGGUCGACGAGACCGGAGAAGUAGUCGCGAACUACCGUAAGACGUUCUUGUAUUAUACGGACGAGACGUGGGCGGAAGAAGGCGACGCGGCGCGCAGCUUUCAGGAGUUGAGUUUCGCGAGCCCCGACCGCGGUGCUACGGCCUCCAAGGUGGCGACAUCGUUUGGCAUCUGCAUGGACAUCAAUCCCUACCAGUUCAAGGCGCCGUUCACAGCCUGGGAGUUCGCGAAUCGGGUGCUCGACUCAAAGACUCAGCUGGUCGUGCUGUCGAUGGCAUGGCUUACCCUGCUAAGUCGGGAGGAGCUGGACAUGCUGGCCGACAAACCGGAUCUAGACACCUUUAAUUACUGGAUACAGCGAUUCAUUCCCCUGAUCCGACGGAGAAUGAACCACAACUCGGACAUCGACUGUGCCGGUGCAGUUGACUCCGAUCAAGAUAAACGGAUCAUUCUGGUUUUCGCCAAUCGAGCCGGGGAGGAAGAGGGGGCCGAAGGGGCCAAUCUGGCUCGAUACGCGGGCACCAGCGCCAUCAUCGCCGUCAACCAACGCGCGCAGCCUCUUUCGUCAGAGGAGAAAGCUAGUACGGGGGCGGAAAACACUCCGAAUGGACCCGAAGAGGACGGGACAAAGGAAGAGACACCGCCGCUGGACGUGAAGAUACAUUGCUGGAAUCUGAUGGGUGCGGCAAGCGAGGGGAUUUGCUUCGCAGACACCCAAGAGGAUCCUAGGAUGAUUUUUGAGUUGGUGAAGAGGGGCGGUUGA